CAGUGAUCAAGCAACAAGGAGGCGUUGGUCUUUGUCGUGGCCGUUUGGCUCGUCUCGUUCCAGUAGUAGCCGUCAGGGAAGAGGUGGAGAACCUAGCCACCAGCAUGUUCAGUGGCCUAUUCAGUAUUAAGGCUAAGUGACGUGAUGGGUUCGAUCAGGGUGUAUUCCAAAAAUGGUGCAACGACCAGCAAUUCGUGGACUUCUGUGGAUUUCGUUGUCAGCGGAACUGGCACCCUCACCGUGUCCAGCAAUAGAGGCGUGGUAGCGAGGGGUGUUGGCGUGGAACAAAUCUCUGAGCAAGCCAUUCGAAAACCAGCUCCAAAAUCUGCUAUCAAUGCCUUACCAAAGGUCAAGGUUUCGAAGGAGCACAUUCAUGCAGAUUCCACCUGCGCCGUGUGCAAGGAAAAAUUCGAGUUGGGGUCUCAAGCGAGGAAGCUUCCGUGCAAGCAUAUCUACCACUCAGACUGCAUCGUACCAUGGCUUCAACGCCACAGUUCGUGCCCUAUUUGCCGCCUGCCCGUCACUAAGGAUAAUGGUAAGGUUGCUACACUCAGGCGUUGGUCGUGUUUUUGCUCCUUUGGCUGCUAGUACUAGGGUCUUGGUUGCCCAUUUUCCCUCGAUCUUGCUAUCUUUCCUGUAAUUUUUUUUUAUCAUUGUAGCUAUUCAACGAACAACCCUAAUAACACAUUUUAUUAUACUUCUGUAUGAUUAAUAUCUAAAACAUACUCGCUU